UUCGCAACUUUUGUAUACACGUAAGUGGUAAGUAUACAGUUUUAUUUUUGUAUUUAAUAGCUUCCUGCAGUUUUUUACUUUAAGAUAGGUAGCUCAACAAUACAUCACAGAGGUAAAGUCAUAUAGAACAAGUUCAAUGAAGCUCAUAUCUUAAAGAUAAAACAAGUUUGAGCAUUGCUAAGUUUUAAUAGUUUUUAAACUUUGCAUGCUAAAAUACUAAAGAAUUGUGGGUAUAUAAUGUAUAUUGUUAUAAUAAAAUAUUUAAUUUAACAUUUUUGCGAGCCAACUUCAUGUACGUUGAUUUCUUUUUGUCAAUACCUAAUUUUACAUAGGAACUGAUGUAUAAGUGGCGGUUGAAUUUAAAGUAGGUACCUAUUAAAAAUUAAUUUUUUAAAGUAGGCAGUUUUAGGCCGGCAUAUUUCGCUGUUGUCAGCCGCCCAUGGUAACGCCCGAUUCGAACGUGUUUGAGAACCCUGCAUUUUGUUAAUUUGUUAUCAGCUAGUAGAACAUGCGUAUAAUAACAAGAUGUUAAUGUAGCAUGACAUGUAGGUAUGUAAAUUGAAAAUAGAAAUAAAAACGCAACAUUUAAUUACUCAAUACGAUUAAUUAUUAUUACUUACUAACUAUUUGAUUUAUUGUAUUAUUUUAUCGUACGAAGUAUUCAACAGUUGUACUAGCAGUAGUAAUUGGUAGUUACUAGUGUGUAAAAAUUAUUAAUUUACCAAUGUCGGAUCGGUUAGUGUGUGCCUACCAAAAACAUUAUUUUUCGGUAUACUGGUUAAAAUGUGUCGACAUACAUUGUUAUUGAUCGUAAACAAAACCUAUAUAAACUGAAAUAGUAUGCAAAUUAUAGAAGCAUGCAUAAUAAAGUAUACAAAUUAUAGAAUCCGGAAGACACACCUACAUUAAUAGGACAGUGUAGGAUGGAUGGUGGAACACCAAACAUCUUCAUCAUCAGUACUUGUAUUAUAGCUACAUAUUAGGUACCACUCAGUUGAACAGAAAAAAAAUCACUGGAAAAUGUCAGCUGAAUUCAACUCACUGAUGGUUAGUGAUAACGCUAAUAAAUUGGAAGUAGCUGAACUAUCAGAAUUUAUUGAAAAUCGGCUGUAUUUUAUGGUUUUAUCCAAUCAUAAGGGUCCAACAACACUUCAGAAUUUUAAGGAUUGGAAAAAUGCAUUGAAGGACAAUGAUGUAUUCUAUUUAAAUGUUGAUGACAAUUUGGUGUAUGAUGGUUUUUAUAGCGACUUUGGUCCUUUAAAUUUAGCUAUGAUAUAUCGUUAUAUUGGUAUAGUACGCGACAAGCUUAAAGUUUACAAGAGAGUUAUUCACUGUGCUCAUAUUGGUGAUCAAAAGAAAAGGUCAAAUGCAGCUUUUCUUAUUUGUGCAUAUUUGAUAAUUGAAAAUAAUUGGACAGCUCAUCAAACAUAUAGUAUAUUAUCAAAACAAUAUAAAUAUAAAUAUAUACCAUUUAGAGACGCAUCAUGUUUGUUGCAAUCAGAAUAUUCAGUGUCAGUUGAAGAAUGUGUUAAUGCCUUAUACAAAGCUAAAUGGUAUGGAUUUUUUGAUAUGAGUGACUUUGAUUUGGAUGAAUAUGAAAAAUAUGAGACUGUGAAGUAUGGUGAUAUUAAUUGGAUUGUACCUGCUACCUUAUUGGCAUUUUCAUCACCUCAUUCUCGAGAUUAUGUUGACAAAUCUGGCUAUCAGAUACAUUCUCCAGCUUACUAUUACCCGUAUUUCAAAGAGAACAAUGUCAAGCAUGUAGUUAGAUUAAACAGUAAAAAGACGUAUGAUGCUAAACGUACAUUUGUAGCAGUAGCUAAUAUUCAACACACGGAUUUGAUUUUUACUGAUGGUACACCACCUUCAGAUACUAUACUCAAAUACUUUCUGCGUCUCUGUGAGCAGUACAUUGAUGAUAGUUGUGAAGUUGAACACACAAAUAAUGAAAAAUGUGAAUCAAAUGAAAUCACUCCAAAUAUAAUUAUAAAUAAUGAAGUUAAUAUAGAUAAACAUGCUGGUGCUGUGGCUGUUCACUGUAAAGCUGGAUUGGGAAGAACUGGUUGUUUAUUGGCUUCAUAUAUUGUGAAGCAUUGGUCAUUUACGGCAGUAGAAGCUAUAGCAUGGACUCGAAUAUGUCGACCUGGUUCAGUAAUUGGUGUGCAGCAACAAUGGCUAAUCAAUAAAGAAGAUUAUUUAACAACUCUUGGCAAACAAUGGCGAGAAAACCGGAAAAAUGCUGUUAACAAAUAUAAACGGUUUACAAAUGGAGUGUACAGUGUUAAACGGCAUACUUCCAGUGCUAAUGCUUAUGAAUAUGUAGAUCCACCUCCUCAUUUAUACAUUAGUAAUGAGAAACAAUUCAUCAGCAGUGGCAAUGGUGAUAGUGAAAUAGAAUCUGAAGAGUACAAUCAAACCAGACUAUCAUCUGUUUUAAAAAAUAAAUUGAAAACAAACAAUCCUGAUAUCCAAAGUGAUGUAUACAUACCAAACUUUAGACAAAAGAGAUCAGCCUCAAAAACAGAGGACCCCAAGCCUAAAAGUUCAUUUUCAGCGUUAAAAAAUAUUCGUCGAGUUACAAAUGCAUCUAUUGGAAUAAGUAUGAAUAAUCUGGUGAAAAAAAAUAAUACUGCUCCAACUACAAUAACUAUCACAAGAAGUAAUUUAAAGACUUCUAUAAUUGGGAAAAAAAAUACAAAACCAACAGCAGUAUGUAAAACUAGCACCAAAACAACAAAAACAUCAGAAACUGCCACUGCAAUAACGAAUGAAACAAAACCAUCUUAUGCUUUAGCAACUGUGGCAUCAUCUGCACGUGUGUCAAGGCGUCUUCGUAGUCAAAACUGCAUUACUAAAUAAAAUAGUGAACACAUUUAUAACACUGAGUGCAAACAGUUAUGAAGAAUGAUAUUCUUUUAUGGAUAGAAGGAUCACAUACAUUAGAGAUUUAGUGCUUUAGAACAUCUAAAAUGAUUAGUUAGAUUUUUAAUGGUCCUAUGCCGGGUUGCAUGAACAAUUACUAAACAUUUUACUAAUCAAUAGUGAACUAAUGGUCCUUUAAGCAUGAUUUAGUAGCCCAUGAUUGGUCCAUUAAAUUUUAUUGGACUGUUAAAUUAAUACAUUUUUCUUGUAACCCAGCAUUAGUCUUGACAAUUUUGAAAAGUUUCAUCUUGAGUUCAAUAUUGAUUUACAGUGGUUGGUGCUUAUUUAAAUCAAGCCUAAAUGCUAUAUUAUAUUUUGUUUAGCAUUUUUUUAGUGCUAAAAACUGGACAUGUCUACAAUAACAGACUGGAAUUGUGUUUGAUUUUUUUUUAUUGACUGAUAUGAAUUUGCCAAAACACCAAGAUAAGACUAAAUUUAAAAAAAAAAAUAUUAAUUUGUUUGUUUUUUACAAUAAUUAUGUGUAGACACCUACAAAUACAUCAUUUUUAGGGUUAAAAUAAAUCUAAUUUUCCUUUUUUUUAUGUGUGGACAUGGCUUGUAUUUGGGCAAGUAGUAAAUGAUAUUUAGUAUGUUUGUGUGGUUUUCAUUUGGGUAAAACCCAUUAAACUACCUAUCUUUUGGGCAAUUAUACAUAUCAUUAAAGCGAGAUUAAUAUAAAUACAUACCUAAUAAAUUGAAUACAUCAUUUGGGGGAAUUUAUAUAUAUUGUUUGAAUGAAUCUUAUGUGAUACUUAAGUAGCAAUCUCAGUCAGUUUUAACUAUCGUUGUUAAAAACAUUUCUUGAUCAAAUUAUAAUAUGUUAUAAUACGCUACCAAUUAUUUAAAAUAUACAAUCGCUGAUAUAAUUCUAAGUUUAAAUUUUAUAAUAUUGUGUAAAAAGUUUUUCCAUUUUACUCUUAUAUAAAAGCUAACAAAAAUUGGUUCUGCUGAAUUAAAAUCUGCUAUGUUACGAGUCUAUAUAAGAGCAAGAAAUCAAAUAGUGUGCUGACAUCCUCUUAAAUAAGAAUUUGACUGUACUUUUAGUUUAUUUUUUGCCCAAUUGAUGUAUGCUUCACUCAUAUUCAUUUUGGGUCAUUCAUCUAAAUUAUGCCUGUAUGUGUAACCUACCCAAAGAUUACCCACAUCAUACAAAGAAUAAAUGCCUGCACAUUUUCAUGUACAUGUAAUAUAAGCAAUAUGAAAAAUAUAUUUUUAAUAAAUGCAUCAACAUAUAAUAGAUAUACAUCUGACAAACAACAUAGGUAAUUCUUGUGGUUUGGUCUUAAAAA